AUGCCUACAUCAUUAUUCAGCCAGAGAGCACUCUGGAACGCUGUGCUUCUCACGCUGGUCCUUCACGCAUGCGAUGAGAUCGUAUCGCGCCACCUGUGGGAACAUGUCGUAGAGAGCUUCGUGUCAGCUGUACCACUCGACUGGUUGAGGGAAGGCGAGGAGGAUGUUGUCCUAACACACCGGAAUAGCCUGUCGAACCGCGAAUUUUAUCUGCAAGAAAUGCCUAAGAGUUUGCUCAUGAAUCUGGCUUUACAAACUCUGGCCUUCUACAAAGCGUGCUGGCUCGAGUGGGCGUUCCCAACUCGACCGCAGCCAGAGCGAUCCGACACAGCGCAGGCGGGAGAGGUGGCCAAAGAGAUCCGCGGCCGUGAAGAGAUGGAGCAGGAGAUCAUGCAGAAGCUCAUUGCAGACGGACGCGUCACACCUGCGGGCAUUAAUUGGCGGAGCGUGCUGCUCAGGUGGCUUGUUGAUGACACCUUGGGGACACUGUUCUUUGGUAUAGUCGGCCAUGCACUCUAUUCCGCAACGCGGCUACAUCCGCUGCAGCAGAUCGUACAGGACUAUCCACAAGCUGUAGGAGCUCACUUCCUAAGCUACUGGCUCAGCCCAAACCCUUUCUUCUCCAUCAUCGGUCAUGCCUAUGUGCCUGCCGUAUAUCGGAUACAGUUCUGGGCGGCCGCAGAUUUGGCGCUGAACUUGAGUUUGAGCUUGCUCUUACGUCCUGUUGUGCCGUGGUUCAUGCGCCUGGAGCCCGUGAAGAACUUCUUCGAGGAAGGAGCGGCACAGAACCGACUCAACAGCUGGUGGGCUAGGGAGAUGAAGCGCCAUGAUGAGGAGAGAAAGAAGCUUGAUGCCGAAAUGCAGGCCAUGUUCGACGGCUGGAAAACCGAUGCAGAUGGAGUGUCCAAGGGAGACGAGUUAUGA